GAAGAGUUGGAGUACAUGAGCUAGAAGACUGGGAGAGCGGAGACAGGGAGAGUUUCGAAGUCCUUCUCUAUCAGAAGCCAUGAUUUAAACAUCAACAUUACGAUCGUGUGAAAACAGCUCUUCAAGACACACGGUCCCUCAAGUGACAACCUUCUGUUGAGAGCUUGGACUGCUCCUUAGGCUAUAAAGUGCGUUGGACGUUCUGGGUAAACAUCAUGAGACCGUGAUUAAAGGCCGCACAUUUUGGAUGAGCCCAAGUGGUGUUUGUUUUCUCUUCUACAAGGGAUUUGAACAAGAAAAACUUAAGCCUUGCUGGAUUCCCGCGUCAAAGAAUAGUUCCAAGCUUUCAGGAAGAGUUCUUGCUUGAAGACAAAGAACCGCUUGCUAACCACAAAAGAGGAAUCGAUGCUCAGCUUUUAGCUGCCCUCCCGAAAGUUGCAGAAUUAAGAAAACUCUUUGAACCAAAGAGGAAAGAAUUUUCAGACAUGAAAAGAAAAGAAAGAAUUGCCAGGCGCCUAGAAGGAAUCGAAACCGACACGCAGCCCAUCCUCUUGCAGAGCUGCACGGGCUUAGUGAGUCAUCAUCUGCUGGAGGAGGACCUGCCCAGAUACACGCGCGCCACAGACCCAGCCAGUCCUCACAUCGGCCAAUCAAAUGAAGAGGAAGAAACUUUGGAUUCUUCCUUAGAAAAGCAGACUCGGUCCAAACACUGCACAGAAUCCUCGGGCAUCCAUGGUGACUCCCCCUACGGUUCCAGCAUCAUGGACACCCAGGGCCUAGAGUCCAAAGCCGAAAGGAUCGCCAGGUACAAAGCAGAGAGGAGACGGCAGCUGGCAGAAAAGUAUGGGCUCACCCUGGACCCGGAAGGCGACGCUGAAUCUCCUUCUCGAUACAGCAAGUCCAGGAAGGACCCUGAGACGGCUGAGAAAAGGGGAGGGAAAAGUGACCGCUCUGCUGAGCCCAGCAGAGAUUCGGGCGCUUCCUACUCCAGGACCGAGAUCCCGGGGCUCAGGAGCUGCAUGGCUGGGUCCAAGGACCACGCCCUCCACCGGCGCGAUGGUGUUUCUGACGCAGAGGUGCUGCUCAACGUAGAAAACCAAAGACGAGGUCAAGAGCCCAGUGCCACCGGGCCAGCCCGAGACCUGCCCCCCGCGGGGGAGGGUUCUGCAUCCUUCCCAUUCUCCGGGCGAGACUGCACCCUCGGUGAAAUGCCGAGGUCCCCAAAGCCAACGCACAGCCUGCCCGGGCCGCCACCUGGGCAGCCAGCCUCUCCGAGCCACUCCACAGGCGACCUGCCACUCCCUGCCGAGGCUCGAGCCAGUACCGGGAAACCCAAACAUGAGUGGUUUCUCCAGAAAGAUUCCGAAGGGGACACACCUUCGCUUAUCAACUGGCCUUCCAGAGUUAAAGUUAGAGAAAAACUGGUGAGAGAGGAGAGUGCUCGCAGCAGCCCUGAACUUGCCCCUGAGUCCUUAACUCAGAGGAGACACCAGCCAGUGCCAGGCCAUUACCUGGCCUUUCGGUCAGAGAACUCAGCCUUCGAUAGGGUCUCGGGCAAGGCAGCCAGCUCUGCACGACAGCCCAUCCACGGCUACGUCCAGCCGGCAGAUCCCAGUCACACCAUCACGCUGGCAACCUCGGACACCCCAGAAAGCGCAUCCGAGUACAGCUGGGUGGAGUCGGCCACCCAGACCGUCACAAAGCCUCCCCCCUCGAAGGUUCUAGAAGGUGAGAGAAGAGAUACCCCGGUUCUCCAUAUUUGUGAAUCAAAAGCAGAGGACGAUGUGCUCUUCUCUGAAGCUCUGGAGAAAAGCAGGAAAACGCUUUUCACUUUGGAGGAUCGUGGGCCUGGGAGAAGCCAGGAAGACCCCUCUGGAACCGAGGACUCGGGUAAGCCCGCUGCUAGCACAGUCACCUCGGAACCUCAGAAGGAACCUGAAAGCCUGGCCCGCCCGCCUCCAGCUCAGCAGCCCACGGAGAGGAUGGGCCGAAGCGAAAUGGUUGUGUAUGUUCAGAGCGAGUCUGUGUCCCAAGGUCACAGGAAGGAGGCAGAGCCCACGAGGAAGCGCAAGGUCCUCACCCGCUCGCUGUCUGACUACAUGGGCCCGCCUCAGCUGCAGGCCGCGAAGGCCACGGCCCCGGCUUCCAAGCGCGACCCGGAGCCGCAGACGUCCAAGGCUGAGUCGGAAGUGGGCCUGCUGGACACCAGGGUCUCCGUCGCCCAGCUCUGCAAUGUGUUCCUGCAGUCAGCCCGGGCCAGCGAGAGACCCGAGCUCCAUUCACGGGUCGAGGGGUCAAGCGAAGGUGCUGGCUUGCCUACCAGCGUGGAACGGGAGAGAGGGUCCCGGAAACCGAGACGCUAUUUUUCUCCUGGUGAAAGUAGAAAGACUUCUGAGAGAUUUAGAACUCAACCCAUAACCUCAGCAGAACGAAAGGAAUCAGAUAGGUCAACUUCAAAUUCAGAAAUGCCAGCUGCAGAGGAUGAAGAGAAGGUGGAUGAGCGAGCCAGGCUGAGCGUUGCUGCGAAGAGGCUGCUCUUCAGGGAAAUGGAAAAGUCAUUUGACGAGAAGAACGUUCCGAAGCGCCGCUCCAGGAAUGCAGCCGUAGAGCAGAGGCUGCGGCGUCUGCAGGACCGAUCCCACACGCAGCCCGUCACCACCGAGGAGGUGGUCAUUGCAGCCACCGAACCUACCCCUGCUUCGUGCUCUGUGGCCACCCACCCUGUAAUGACAAGACAUCCUAGUCCCACUGUAGCUAAGAGCCCCGGGCAGCCUGCCAGGACACUGCAGGCAUCUGCUCACCAGAAGGCGUUAGCCAGAGACCAGGCGAAUGAGGGCAAAGAUUCUGCUGAGCAAGGAGAACCUGACAUCUCCACCCUGAGCUUAGCGGAGAAGUUGGCCUUGUUUAACAAACUGUCCCAGCCGGUCUCAAAAGCGAUUUCAACGCGGAACAGAUUAGACGUGAGACACAGGAGGAUGAAUGCUCGCUAUCAAACCCAACCGGUCACGCUUGGAGAGGUGGAACAGGUGCAAAGUGGCAAGCUCAGCCCUUUCUGCCCCACUGUUAACACAUCUGUGUCCACCCCGGCAUCUACCGUCACCCCCAUGUACGCAGGGAAUCUUCGGGCAAAGCCACCGCUGGAUGACAGCUCCGGUGCCGCUGAGCAGAAGUUUCCUUCUUCGCUAGAAAGUUCAGACUUUCCAGUUAGAAGCAUCCUGAAAUCCCAGGGCUGGCAGUCUUCGGUAGAGGCUGGUGGGAGCAAAGGAAUGUCGAGAGAAUUUGAAGAGACAGAAAGCAAGGGAGUCUUGACAGGUGGAGAUGGUGGUGUUACAAAGUACGGGUCCUUGGAGGAAGCAGAGCCAUCCUACCCCAUGCUUAGCAGAGUCCGGGAAGGAAAUGGCCACAAGGAGCCCAUCUAUGCUGUUCCGAGAAGGGGAAGCCUGGAGCUCGCCCAUCCUCCCGCGGCUCAGUUCGGUGAUGAACCGAAGGAAUUUUCCACUGCACAAAGCACCGCACAGGGGAGCCCGGACUGGAAGGACAGGCAGCUCUUUGAAGAGAAGGUGGAUGUGGAGAAUGUCACGAAGAGGAAGUUUUCGCUGAAAGCGGCAGAGUUCCUGGAUCUCACUGCUGAGCAGACAGGCGCAGCUGCUGGGAGACCAGUCGCUCAGACUGCAACCCCCGUGUCCUGGAAGCAGCAAGAUCCCUCUGAACAGCCGCAGGAGAAGCGCUGUCGGAGUCCGUGUGCAAUGUUUGCUGCUGAAGAGAUCAAAGCACCAGCGACGGAGGGCAUCCUCGACUCUCCCAGCAAAACCAUGUCCAUUAAAGAAAGAUUAGCACUGUUGAAGAAGAGUGGUGAGGAAGACUGGAGAAACAGGCUUAACAGGAAGCAGGAGUAUGGCAAAGCGUCCGUCACCAGCAGCAUGCACAUCCAAGAAGCAGGACAGUCGCUCAAGAAGAAGCGGGUCACAGAAAGUCGAGAGAGCCAGAUGACGAUUGAAGAGAGGAAGCAGCUCAUCACCGUGAGAGAGGACGCCUGGAAGACCAGAGGCCGAGGGGCAGCCAACGACUCCACCCAGUUUACCGUGGCCGGCAGGAUGGUGAAGCGAGGUCUGGCGUCCCCCACUGCCAUCACCCCAGUAGCGUCCCCUAUCUGCAGUAGAACGAGGGGCACCACGCCAGUUUCCAGACCCCUGGAAGAUAUCGAAGCCAGACCAGACAUGCAAUUAGAAUCAGACCUCAAGUUGGACAGGCUGGAAACCUUUCUGAGAAGGCUGAAUAACAAAGUUGGUGGGAUGCAAGAAACGGUCCUCACCGUCACCGGGAAAUCCGUGAAAGAGGUGAUGAAGCCGGACGAUGAGGAAACCUUUGCCAAGUUCUACCGCAGCAUGGAUUCUGCUCUACCGAGAAGCCCCGUGGAGCUGGACGAGGACUUUGAUGUCAUUUUCGACCCUUAUGCCCCCAAGUUGACAUCCUCUGUGGCUGAGCACAAGCGUGCAGUGAGGCCCAAGCGCCGGGUUCAGGCUUCCAAAAACCCCCUGAAGAUGCUGGCGGCAAGGGAAGAUCUCCUCCAGGGGUACACGGAGCAGAGACUGAACGUGGCCUUCGUGGAAUCAAAGCGUAUGAAAGUCGAAAAGAUGUCCGCCAGCUCCAACUUCUCAGAAGUCACCCUGGCGGGAUUAGCCAGCAAAGAAAACUUCAGCAACGUCAGCCUGCGGAGCGUCAACCUGACGGAACAGAAUUCCAACAACAGCGCGGUGCCCUACAAAAAGCUGAUGCUGUUACAGAUUAAAGGAAGAAGACACGUGCAGACGCGGCUGGUGGAACCUCGCGCUUCUUCCCUCAACAGCGGGGACUGCUUCCUCGUGCUGUCCCCCCACCACUGCUUCCUGUGGGUCGGAGAGUUUGCCAACGUCAUAGAGAAGGCGAAGGCCUCAGAACUCGCAAGUUUAAUUCAGACCAAGAGGGAACUUGGUUGUAGAGCUACGUAUAUCCAAACUAUCGAAGAAGGAAUUAACACACACACUCAUGCAGCCAAAGACUUCUGGAAGCUUCUGGGCGGCCAAACCAGUUACCAGUCUGCUGGAGACCCAAAGGAAGAUGAGCUCUAUGAAACGGCCAUAAUAGAAACCAACUGCAUUUACCGACUAAUGGAUGACAAACUCGUUCCUGAUGACGACUACUGGGGGAAGAUUCCAAAGUGCUCCCUUCUGCAGGCAAGAGAGGUCCUGGUGUUUGAUUUUGGGAGCGAAGUUUACGUGUGGCACGGGAAAGAAGUCACAUUAGCGCAACGGAAGAUAGCCUUUCAGCUGGCAAAGCACUUAUGGAACGGAACCUUUGACUACGAGAACUGUGACAUCAACCCCCUGGACCCUGGAGAGUGCAACCCGCUCAUUCCCAGAAAAGGACAGGGGCGGCCUGACUGGGCGAUAUUUGGGAGACUUACAGAGCACAACGAGACGAUUUUGUUCAAAGAGAAAUUUCUCGACUGGACGGAAAUGAAGAGACCUAACGAGAAGAACGCCAGCGAACUUGCCCAGCACAAGGACGACCCGCGGGCAGAGAUCAAGCCUUACGACGUGACGCGGAUGGUGCCGGUGCCCCAGACGACAGCCGGCACCGUGCUAGACGGGGUCAACGUGGGCCGGGGCUACGGCCUGGUGCAAGGGGACGACCGCGGGCAGUUGGAGGUCGCCAGCCUGUCGGUGGACGUCUGGCACAUCCUGGAAUUCGACUACAGCAGGCUCCCCAAGCAGAGCAUUGGGCAGUUCCACGAGGGCGACGCCUACGUGGUCAAGUGGAAGUUCAUCGUGAGCACGGCAGUGGGAAGUCGGCAGAAGGGCGAGCACCCAGUCAGGGUGGCCGGCAAAGAGAAGCGCGUCUACUUCUUCUGGCAAGGCCGGCAGUCGACUGUGAGUGAGAAGGGCACAUCGGCUCUGAUGACGGUGCAGCUGGACGAGGAAAGGGGAGCCCAGGUCCAGGUCCUGCAGGGCAAGGAGCCCCCCUGUUUUCUGCAGUGUUUCCAGGGAGGGAUGGUGGUCCACUCCGGGAGACGGGAGGAGGAAGAAGACAACGCACAGAGCGAGUGGAGGCUGUACUGUGUGCGCGGAGAAGUGCCCGUGGAAGGGAACUUGCUGGAGGUGGCCUGUCACUGCAGCAGCCUGAGGUCCAGGACGUCCAUGGUCGUCCUCAACGUCCACAAAGCCCUCAUCUACCUGUGGCACGGAUGCAAAGCCCAGGCCCACACGAAGGAGGUCGGAAGGACUGCGGCCAAUAAAAUCAAGGAACAAUGUCCCCUGGAGGCCGGGCUGCACAGUAGCAGCAAAGUGACAAUUCACGAGUGUGACGAAGGGUCGGAGCCCCUGGGAUUCUGGGACGCUCUGGGGAGGAGAGACCGGAAGGCCUACGACUGCAUGCUCCAAGAUCCUGGAAAUUUUAACUUCACACCCCGCCUGUUCAUCCUCAGUAGCUCCUCUGGCGACUUCUCAGCCACCGAGUUCAUGUAUCCAGCCCGAGACCCCUCUGUGGUCAAUUCUAUGCCCUUCCUGCAGGAAGACCUGUACAGCGCCCCGCAACCAGCACUUUUCCUUGUUGACAAUCACCACGAGGUGUACCUCUGGCAGGGCUGGUGGCCCGUGGAGAACAAGAUCACCGGCUCCGCCCGCAUCCGCUGGGCCUCGGACCGGAAGAGCGCCAUGGAGACGGUGCUGCAGUACUGCCGAGGAAAAAACCUCAAGAAGCCGCCCCCCAAGUCUUACCUCAUCCAUGCCGGUCUGGAGCCCCUGACCUUCACCAACAUGUUUCCCAGCUGGGAGCACAGAGAAGACAUUGCAGAAAUCACAGAAAUGGACACGGAAGUUUCAAAUCAGAUCACCCUGGUGGAGGAUGUCUUAGCCAAGCUGUGCAAAACCAUCUACCCGCUGGCCGACCUCCUAGCCAGGCCCCUGCCCGAGGGCGUGGACCCUCUGAAGCUGCAGAUUUACCUCACCGACGAGGAUUUCGAGUUUGCACUAGACAUGACCCGAGACGAAUACAACGCACUGCCUGCCUGGAAGCAGGUGAACCUGAAGAAAGCAAAAGGUCUGUUCUGAGUCAUGAGAUGCUGGAGGAACCUCUGUUGUCACCUUCAAUACUGUUGGACCAGGAAAAUGGAUGUGUUUUGUUUUUGGAAGCGGGGUAUGGCUAGUCCUUUAAAAAAUAUUUUUACAUCUGCGUUUUCGAAACCUGAAGCCAUCAGCUCUCCUGCUUGUUUGGGAGUUGUGUAUUUUGUAAAUGUUCCAGAAAACUCUCUGGAAACACACCUUCCACGAUUGAGCAGACGAUGUUUAUAAGGCAUCCGCAUCUCCACGCGCGCUCACGCAGGGGGUCCUCAGCGAAGGCCACGGCACUGCCCUCCUGGUCCUGCUAAGCGCUGCCUGUUAUUAUUAUUACUUUUUAAGCGGUUCCCUUUAUAAAUUGUUAUUUUGAUAGUUUGUGGAUUCUAAAUAUAUAUAUAUUUAUAUAAACACCGUAUAAAUCAAAUAUGUAUUUAACAAAGCAAUAUGUAUUCAUUCACUUUUAAGGGGUUUCUUUUUUUGGUGUCAAAAUAAUAUUAAAAGGUAGUUGCUUCUGUUGAAUUAGUUCUGCCACCAACGCACACCUUCACCCACGUUCAGAGGCGCCUCCUUCAGCAUUAAGUCGGACUCGUUCUGAGUGCUGCUUCCGGUGCUAAGAUGAACAAAGAAUUUAUACUUCGAGGCACAGGCUCUUAAGAAUCUGUGCAAAUCCACCUUUCUACCUUAACAUCGCCCCGAAUGUAUAGUGCCUUGUAUUAUGUACAGUUUAUAUACAGAAAAGUUUGCUCUGCAUUUUUUGACGAUGGUUUGGAACAUCAUCUACAAUUUUACGCUGAAAUGGUAGAAAUUUUAAAAAGAAUCUAUCUCAAUUUCUAAUACCUGUUGUAAAAAAUUAAAUGUGUCAUUCGGCGAUGGAAGACUCCAAAAUAAAAGCUUCAGAAUAAACACGACUAUGAAUUGCUUAGUUCA